GUUCUUCGGCGCUCGGCGGAGAACGAACGGAAAACGAACGACGUGUGCGUGGUGCGGCGGCGGUCUGUGCCCCCCUGGUCCGGACCCCUGAUCGGACCCCCGAGUCGAGCCUGCAGCUCUGAGACACCUGCAGUCUCUUACGAAUCCUCGGAGGCGACUCGCGCGAGGAGGUCGGUGAUUGGGUCUACGGAUGCGCUUCGUGAAGGGAGAUAAGAGCGAAAGAGAGUUUCGGGGGUGAGGGUCCAACGCUUCGUCGAGGGUGGGAAGCGAUAUAAAAGUACGAGAGUGUGUGAAAGAGGGGGGGGAGGGGCGAACGGAACGGGGGAGAAACGUGCCUCCCUAGCUGGGGUCGCGCGUGGCAUGAUCGGGCGAAAAGGCGAAAAGGCAAGAUGCUUACGAUACAGCGUUCGGAGUCGUUGAGAGGGACAGAAGGCUGCAAUCCCCGCGGCACGCAUUUGCUACCCCCCGUUGGGUCCGGGGCUUCCGUUUCCGGAUGGAAGCCCGCCGAGAGGAGCGUCUCCUUCAAUCGAGACGUCCACGUGAAGAGGAUCGGACGUGGUGCACCGCGCGUAACCGCAGCCCUCGUGAACGAUGGAGAAGGUAGGUUGAUCGCCACCCCGAUUCGCAAGGAAAAUAUCGCCGCGAGGAGCAAGGAGGAUCUCGCACAGGAGGCGGCCCUGGUCCUGCAGCAAGCGGGCAGCCUUCACUGCGUGGCGCGCGACAACCGGCGCAGUCUGCCCGGUCGCUUCAGCACCCUCCCGGCGCGUCGUAACAAGAAACGCCCGGAGCUGCCGAUCGAUGUGAGGCCCCGCCGCGGCAGCGAGGAGAUCGGCGGCAGCGCCACGACCGCGAACACCGCGGAUCUCGGCACCCCGCGGGCCAAGAAGAAGCCGCUGCUGCAGAGAAGCGUCAGCGAUGCCGGCGCGAAGAAGCUGAAGAGCCCGCUCGCGCGCUUCUUCUCACCCAAGUUGGAAAGGCGACGGCAGCCGGUCGGUCGGAGCGCGAGCGACGCCGGCACCUUCACCCGUAAUCUGGGCACGCAGCGCAAACGGAGCGGCAGCGAGAGCGAGGGCUCGCAUCUCAGCACCGCUAGCCAGCGGGUGAAGAAGCAACUGUCACCGAUAAUCGAGACGUCGCCACAGUACGUCGAUCAGCAACCAUUUCACUUUGACACUUCGACUUGCGCGGACCGGGAGAAUAAUAAUCGACCGAAGGCGAAGAAGCCUAAGAAGGGAAGAGAGGAGAAAGAGGAGGGUACGAGUCCGGCUAUCGAUGUCGACGACGUGAUAUCGACGCGACACGCCGAGACGAGAGAGACAAUCGAGGAGACGACGACCGAAACGCGCGUCGACGAGCUCGCCGAUAGAUCGCCCAGCCGAGAGGCCAAGGUGAUUGAGCAUCGCAUAUUCGUCGAGGGCAGGGACGACGAAGAGAAAAGAGAAAUCGCGGGUAACAGCCGUACUCUCUCACCUUCGAAGGAACGCAAGCGCGGGGAAGACGAAGUCGAUAAAGCAGGCGCGGAUAGUAUGCUACAUAGCAGCCGCUACGAUCUUCAGCAACGUAACCAGCAAGAGUCCACCAUUCAUAAGAUGAUCCACCGACUGUCCAACGAUCGUUCGCCGCCACCGCAGCUGACGAGGACGAUGAUGUCACCGUCGCCGGGAUUCAGCCACAACAAUAACCGUCCGUUCUCCUAUACGAGACCAAAUGAAUCUUGCAGCCCGCCGCCGCCGGCGCAGACCAAUGUCAUCUACACGCAGGUGCAGCCGGACAAGAAAAAGGCUCAGCGGAGCCAUUCCGACAGCGACGAGGGCCUUGGUCUCGAGAGGAAAGAUUCCUCGCGCGAGAACAGUCCCGCGGAGAAGGAAUACCGCAGAACCGAGUACUCGUACAGCAGCGAUCUGCGUCGCAACAAUGAGAUUAACGCCUUCAAGUCGAGAUAUGAGGAGGAUCGUAAGAACGGCGGCCUCUUCGGCAAACAUUUGGACAGCUCGAAGGACUUUAUCUCUAGAACAAACGAGGUCACGAAGCGUUACGAGUUCGACGAUAUCGAUAGGCGUUUCUACGACAAGCCCGAGAAAUACACGUCGACCGUGUUCGUGGACACUUCCGGCCGUGGCAGAGCCGACGGUAUGGACUCUAAACGAAGGGACAGCGGUGAGUUAACGUCGAGGCAGAACGAGAGCGGGAUCUCGCCAAAGACGUCCGAGUUGAGCGCGCGUCGAGAUCUAUUAGAGUCCAGGAUCAAAUCCAGAUUGCUUGCCGACGAGAUGUUCGCCGCCAAGAACAGCGCCAACGUGCCGGUGAAGAAGAGCGAGCACGAGAUAAUCGACAAGCCGAUUGUACCGUCGCCAGUCACACCGAAUCGUAUCGCGUCACCGAAACGAUACAUGGAUACGUACAUCACGGAGAAGCGUACCAGCAGCAAUGGCGAGAAAUACAUUUUCGAAAAGGAGAUACACGAGGAUAACGGCAAGGUUUACGGUUACGAGAAGAAGAUCACCAACAAGAUCCCAACGAACGGCUACCUCGACCCAAAACCGAAGGACGGCUACACGGUCGAAACCAGGACGGAUAAAUACGGCGAUAAAUAUAUCGUGGAGACGCGCACUCACGAGGGUUACGCCGAUGAUUUCCCUAUCCUCGGCGAUCGUAAUCGGACCAGCCCGGAAGAGAGAUUCCAGGGCAUCAGGAACGGUGACGAUUCUUACAAGCCGUCGCAUUAUCUACCCGAGAACACCGUGACGACGAAUCACUUUCGCAGCGAAUCGCGAGACAACGAGCUAUCGUCGCCGAUCAUCGCCAAGAAACUGAACGAGCGUAAGUUCUCGAAGAGCGACGACUUCCUGGAUCGCGAAAACCGGCCGAUCGGGCGCGUGUUACCGAAGAAAAAACCGUUCGAGUCGAUUCGUGGCAUGAGCAAAUCGACGCAACGAUUGGACGAGGUCGCUGGAGAAAACGCCAAAGUGCGGGCGCUCAGGAGCGAGUACAUCACGAGAUCGCACGAGAACCUGACCAGCCACGCGGGAUACGCGAGACGACCAAGCGCGUUGCUGGACAGCCCGACGAUGAACGGACGCAGAACGAGGUCGCCGUUCGCGAAGCGUGGACACUUGGACAGUUUGCGCGAGGGUCCGAAUGACGACUACGACACCGACAUCUCGCAGUUGACCAACAGCCAGCUGGAGUCCAAGUAUUACAAGGAGACGCGCACCACGCAAAGAUACACGAGCGGUGGCAAACGUCCGAUACACGACGAUUAUGACAGCUCGCCGCCGCGGAUACGCACAGAUCGCGGUGGCUACAGUUCCAGCCGAUACGACUCGGACACCACCGCCAGGGACUCGAUCCGCUGCGAGACGCGCUACGAUGAGACGUCUCGUACUUUGAGAAAGGAACAUCGCAACUUGGACGAGGAUCCAAAGAAGCCGCUGAGACGAUCGCGCAAUCGGCUUGACUACUUUGACGAUUCCGACGAUCCCCGAGGAAAGGUGUCUUCGGUCAGUCGAUUAGAAACCUUCGACGAGAGUCCGACCAGACCACCCAGGACUUACCACGAGGGCAAAUCGAGACACGCGAGGCAGGAGGUGCGGGGCUACAUUGAGCGCCGUCAUCAUCGCGAGACUCGCCUGAGCGAUCCAGAUCGCAAGGAUCGAUUGGCUGAUUCCGGGAUCGAGAACGAUUAUAGAAGGGACUCGCAGGAGGCGGACAGGCGCGAGCAACUCGAGUCUGAGGACGAGGGCUUCGUCAGCCGGCAGUUUAUCAAGCACGAACGACGGCAUACGGAUCGCAAUAUGAAUAUGACGCCUACUUUCGAUCGACGCAAGUACGACAAAUACGGAAACGUCCCGUCGGACGCGAAACCGCCGCUGGUCACUGCCAAGCCGCCCACCGGUGCCGCCGACAAGAAGUACGAGAAGAAGGUGGCGAAGAAGAGCGGCACCAUGAGCAAAGUCAAGCAGCUGUUCAGUAAGAAGGAGAAGAAGGCGAAGGAGGAGAAGGACAAGAAGAACGCGAGGAGCAGCAGCAGCGGCGCCUUGACCGACGACGAGGUGACGAUGAGGUAUCGAGAGUAUCGCGGCGAUCAGCUGAGAAGUGCCAAGAGCGCGCGGGAUUUGGGCAGCGACAUCAAUCAGGAGGACUACAGUCAACGCAGACGCUUAUCGACACCCAGCGGCAGCCCGAGCCCUCCCAGACCGACCAGACUCUCGAGGUCUACCGGGACUCUCACCAGAGAGGACGAGUCCUUUUGCAAAUCCAGCAAUACCCUGACCAGGGACAACCAGGCCCAAGAAGCGGAGAGCAAAGGCUGGUUCAAGUCCCUCUCGAGGAAAAAUAAGUCCAACGCUACGCCAGUGGAUAAAAAGCCGAGAAUACCCGAGAGCGAGAUCUUGACGACCGGCACCGAGGAUGAGGAAGCUUCCUCCGCGCCUGAACGAGUUUCCGUGCAAAAGAAUCUCCGCUUCUUCGGCGAUACGGAUCAGGAGUCCGUCUCGUCCAACAGAGACCGCAGAAACAAACGUAUUAACGAGCACGCCUGCUCAAGGCGUGAUGUCACAAAUUCGAACCGCCAUAAUUUGGGUAUCAUAUCAGCACCGAAGAAACCUCCAAGACUCGCUGAAAGCGCGUUGUCUUCGGGCGAGAGCACAACCGGCGACAGCAGCCAGCAAAGUCAAAACUCUCAGAGAUCGCAAAGAUCUGUCGUGUAUCUUCAUGCUGCUACAGUCGGCGAAAUACCGGGCCCGAACGAGCGACGCCGGGCGGCGAGUCGCGAGGAAUUAAAUCGACCGUUGCAAUCGCACACGAGAACGGUGUCGAGGAGCGUGAGCGUCCUUGCACCGUGGAAGCCGCGACAUUACAGGGAACCAUUCGAGAUCAACUAUGAUCAGCAACAGCACGCGAAACCGAUUGCGACUAUGAGACGCAGGCAACGGAGCCGCGAGACCCUCAGUCGUCGAGGAAAGGAAGCUCGGCGCAGCAAGGACAAUCUUUCCAAGACGAGUACGAUCAACCGCAGUACAUUGAAAUCGAAGGACAAGCAGAAAGUGGAUAGAACCGUCUCCACGGAAUCGCUGGCCACAAAAUCGCGAAGCUCCAAGCCGGAAUUGAGCAGGUCUACGUCCGUACCACGCGAUCCGAACAAGAGCGCAGGAUGGUUUAAGCUGAAGAGCAAGAAAUCACGCGCCUAAAUUGGACGGCCAUUGAUCAAUGCUAGUCUCUCGAGUAAACGUAAUUCUCGUAAUCUCGUAGGCGAUUAAUAAGCGUCGAUAUAUCCGACGCGCGCUGAUUAAUAACGACGCGACUUAUUGAUAUAAUAUAUACCGCUCUUAUAUAUACUUUUUAACUUACACGAGCAUCGAUUGCGAUCGCGCGAGUUUCUAAUUCUUUAACCGAGUAGCGCAUAAUUUUGCGAUAACAACGUGCAAAUUAAUUGCUAUUAGCAUGUUAAUCGAAUUCGCGAAUUUAUAGAAUUUCUGUGUCGCCCAAGACACGAACUCUUACACGUAACAAAAUAAAUACUUAUCCAAAUACAAAUAGAUAUACUUGAGGAAGCUUCGAACCUAAGUUGCUCGUCAAAUUAAUAUUGUUAUACUUUGCGCAUUAAAUAAAUAUAACGCUUCUUGUAACAAAGAAGAUUGCAAAAGAAAUAUGAUUGAAUAUGUAAGUUCUUGAAGUAUAAUUGAAGUAUAAGUUUAAAUACGAAUUGUGUAUUCUAAAAUGAGAAUUUUCUCAAUAUAUCAAAUGCUACAUUAUUUUAAUAGCCUUCUCUCUGUCAAAUUUAACGAAUUAAAUUUGUUACACAAGAUGAGAAUGCAUUUUUAAGACACAUUCACAUAUUGUGAAUUAACAUUUCAUUGCGUAUUAAUUUUCGAGUCUUCUUCGAAACUCAAGAAAAAGUACUUUUCUCAUUUCAUAUUUUCAUAUAAUUAUGUGUUGCGCAUAUCAUGAGAAAUUAACGCGUCAUUUCAUUCUACCGUGAAUCAGAGUGCCAUCAUCAUUUUUUUACAUUUCUAUAAUAUAAUAACUAGAUAAAAUUCAAGAGAAAAUAUUUUUCAUAUUUUAUCGCGACAAUCGAGAAAAUAUAAAACACGGACAGUUAUAUGUACGACAAUAAUCAUCUUUCUGUGCAUAGAUCAAUCUUGUCUCUGCAUGCUUAUUGUAUAUAAAUCUGUGUUAAUAAGCGUAAUUUUUAACCAACUUUUACUAGAACCUAUCACGUUUCUACAUAAACUCUUGUCGCUAUACAUGGAUCACAGAUUACAGUUAUAUAUUAUAAUACAAUUAUAUUGUUUGCAAAUUUGUCAUAUUUGAAAGAUACUUUUUCAUUUCCAAUAACAAUAUAUAAAGGAAUAAAACACGCAGCGCUAAAUGUUAUCUGUUGUACUGUGAUACGCUUUUGCGUGUGGACAAAAAGAUAAAUUAAUUAUAUAUGGCGACAUAAAUAGUCAUCUUGCACCAUAGCAAUUAUUUCAUUCCUACCUGGUGCUACUUACAUGUGUAUGUGUACAUACGGAUCAUUAAACGAUUUGCAUGUAAAUAUCAUGAAUAUAUAUAUUAACAAUAUUGUACGUAAUUACCAAUAAAAUCUAUUAUAUAUUAAUA